AUGGAUUCUCUUUCUUCUUCUACUUCGACAAAGAUGAAGAACAACAACAAGCUCUCUGUCAGAAACCAAACCCGUUUCAAGAAACCGUUCUUGUUGUUAAGAGAGAAGACCAUUCUCAAGAAAGCGUUAGAGCUUUCCAUUCUCUGCGACAACGAUAUUUGUGUGAUACAUUACGACCGUGAAGGAAACCUCGUCAACACUUACCCUGAAGAUCAGUGCCAAGUUAAACACAUUGUCGAGAGGUAUAGGAAUUUGAGGGACGGAGAAAAAAUCAAGAAAAACACAAAUCUUUCACAGUUCUAUAACAAGAAACUCGUUGACGAGAAGAGGAGAUCUCUUACGGACGCAGAGGAACGCAAAAGGUUCACUAAGAAAGUUGGAGAGUUCAAGAGUUCCUUGGAACAUAAGUUACAGAUAGUAAAAGACAGGGUUCGUGACCUUCUUUACUCCCAGGAUCAUCAGACCGAGCCAGAUCAGAGCACUUGUCUUGAUGUUAUGUCCCAACAAAACCACAACUUCCCGACGUCUUCUUCUGGCUUCUUCCCCCAAAAUGACUUAUCUUCUUCACUAAUAGACGAGGAGGAUCCAUUGAUGAACUUUUGUCCGCAGGUAAUUAACAAUCCUGUUUCUGUUCAUCAACAACAAAUAGGAUCAUCAUUAACGAAUCUUCUCAUGAGUGGUGAUGCGUCCGGUUCCUCCAAUGAUCGGAGUAAAUUCUCAAUGUUUCUGUUUAACCAUGAAACCGCUACGUUUACUCCACUUCCCAACUCUGUUUCUUCAAGCUUUGACCAAUGA